AUGAAGCCGGCGCGGCUGCUGCUGCUGCUGAGCGGGUGCGCGCUGCUGCUGGCGCCGGCCGUGCGCGGCUGCGGGCCGGGCAGGGUGGUGGGCAGCCGCCGCCGCCCGCCCCGCAAGCUCAUCCCGCUCGCCUACAAGCAGUUCAGCCCCAACGUCCCCGAGAAGACGCUGGGGGCGAGCGGCCGCUACGAGGGCAAGAUCGCGCGUAACUCGGAGCGCUUCAAGGAGCUGACGCCCAACUACAACCCCGACAUCAUCUUCAAGGACGAGGAGAACACUGGCGCCGACCGGCUCAUGACCCAGCGCUGCAAGGACCGCCUGAACUCGCUGGCCAUCUCUGUCAUGAAUCAGUGGCCAGGGGUGAAGCUGAGAGUGACCGAGGGCUGGGAUGAGGACGGGCACCACUCGGAAGAGUCGCUGCAUUACGAGGGCCGGGCUGUGGACAUCACAACCUCGGACAGGGACCGCAACAAGUACGGCAUGCUGGCUCGCCUGGCCGUGGAGGCUGGCUUCGACUGGGUCUACUACGAGUCCAAGGCACACAUCCACUGCUCUGUCAAGUCAGAGCACUCAGCCGCUGCCAAGACGGGGGGCUGCUUUCCCGGGCGGGCCCUGGCGACGCUGGAGGACGGUGCCCAGACGCCUCUGUGGGCACUGCGCCCGGGCCAGCGAGUGCUGGCGAUGGACGGGGCGGGCAGGCCCACCUACAGUGACUUCUUGGCUUUCCUGGACAAGGAGCCCCGUGCCCUCACCACCUUCCUCGUCAUCGAGACCCAGGAGCCGCCGCGGCGCCUGGUGCUGACGCCCACCCACCUGCUCUUCGUGGCGGAGAACGCCUCGGCGCCCGCCGCCCGCUUCCGCCCCAUCUUCGCCAGCCGCGUGCGGCCGGGACACUUCGUGCUGGUGGCGGCCGGGGGGGGCAGCCUGCAGCCCGCUGAGGUGCUGCGGGUGCGGCACCGCAGGGACGUGGGAGCCUACGCCCCGCUGACGCGCCACGGGACGCUGGUGGUGGACGGCGUGGUGGCCUCGUGCUUCGCUCUGGUGCAGGAGCAGCAGCUGGCACAGCUGGCCUUCUGGCCGCUCCGGCUCUACCACAGCCUGCUGGGGUGGCCAGGGGAGCAGGGGGAUGGUGUGCACUGGUACUCAGGGCUGCUCUACCGCCUGGGCAGGCUGCUCCUGCCCCCUGACAGCUUCCACCCACUGGGGGUAUCCCAGGCGGAGAGCUGA